UUGUUUCACUGCCUGCAAGCUCCAGGGCUAGAGGCUCAAAAUAAGUCAAUGGGAGGAGGAUUUCAGUCACAGCAACAAGCGCUGAACAGAUGCAACGACAACACACUUGGGAAAGUCACAAGCAAAUGAGAGGGGCAUCUCUCUGGCAAUCAAGUUCAAAUAUAACUCUACAGCUGCAGCAAAAAUACAAAAAAAUGAAAGAAACUAAUACUGUGUUUUCUCUCGGCUACUGGUAUCUUUCACUGAGCCUUCUAAAAUCUAAGCUCUAGGAAAUACUAAAAAUUUGAGGUCUUAAUUACAAGCAUGGACAGAUGUGUGUAUACUCUCAUCUUAACAGAACUUCAACUUGUUUUUAAAAGGAAGGAGUCAACUUUGGCAUGGAUCGUUUGGCAUGGGUACGACACCUUAAAGUAGUUGACCAGCUUAGCUACUGACCAUGCUGACUAGUGUCCAAAUGGAUUGAAUCAGAGAAAAAUGGUGAAUGGCUCUCUCUUAUAGAAUGUCUGAACAAAGCAGAAUUCCUGAGCAUGUUCUGCAGAGUUUAUUGGAUCACUUAAUCUCUUCUAACCAGUCUGGAUUACAGACAGAAUCAAUACCAGAGGAAAUGAAACAGAUUGUUGAAGAACAAGGAAAUAAACUGCGCUGGGCAGCUCUUCUGAUACUAGUCGUGAUAAUCCCCACAAUUGGUGGAAACAUCCUUGUUAUUCUGGCUGUUUCACUGGAGAAGAAGCUACAGUAUGCUACCAAUUACUUUCUAAUGUCCUUGGCGGUGGCUGACUUGCUCGUUGGAUUAUUUGUGAUGCCAAUUGCCCUCUUGACAAUAAUGUUUGAGGCUAUGUGGCCCCUCCCACUAGUUCUGUGUCCUGCCUGGUUAUUUCUUGACGUUCUCUUUUCAACUGCAUCCAUCAUGCAUCUCUGUGCCAUUUCAGUGGAUCGUUACAUAGCCAUCAAAAAGCCAAUCCAGGCCAGUCAAUAUAACUCCAGAGCUACCGCGUUCAUCAAGAUUACAGUGGUGUGGUUAAUUUCAAUAGGCAUUGCCAUUCCAGUACCCAUUAAAGGCAUAGACACUGAUUUGCAUAACCCAAACAAUAUUACCUGUGAGCUGACUAAGGAACGUUUUGGCAAUUUCAUGCUCUUUGGCUCAAUGGCUGCCUUCUUCACACCUCUUGGGAUCAUGAUUGUCACCUACUUUCUUACUAUCCACGCGUUACAGAGGAAAGCUUAUUGGGUCAAAAACAAGCCACCUCAACGCCUAACAUGGCUGACUGUGUCCACAGUUUUCCAAAGGGAUGAAACACCUUGCUCAUCACCUGAAAAGGUGGCAAUGCUGUAUGGUUCUCGUCAGGACAAGACUGUGCCCAACUCAAGUGAAGAAACACUUACGCGACGAAUGUCUACAGUUGGAAAAAAGUCAGCACAAACAAUUUCCAAUGAACAAAGAGCUUCGAAGGUCCUUGGAAUUGUGUUUUUCCUUUUUUUGCUCAUGUGGUGUCCCUUUUUUAUUACAAAUAUUACUUUAGCUUUGUGUGAUUCCUGCAACCAAACUACUCUUAAAAUGCUCCUGGAGAUAUUUGUAUGGAUCGGCUACAUUUCUUCAGGGGUAAAUCCUCUUGUCUACACCCUCUUCAAUAAGACAUUUCGGGAUGCAUUUGGCCGAUACAUCACCUGUAAUUACCGGGCUACAAAGUCUGUAAAAACUCUGCAAAAAUGCUCUGGUAAGCUCUACUUCCAGAAUGCAAUGGCAGAGAACUCUAAAUUUUUCAUGAAACAUGGAAUUCGAAAUGGGAUUAGUCCUGCCAUGUACCAGAGCCCAAUGAGGCUCCGAAGUUCCACCAUUCAGUCUUCAUCAAUCAUUCUACUGGAUACACUUCUCCUCACUGAAAAUGAAGGUGACAAAACUGAAGAGCAAGUCAGUUAUGUAUAGCAGAACUGACAGAGUUUUCACCUGACAUAAUGACAAGCAAGGUGAUGAACAAGAUGUAAGUUCACCAAGAAUUAGAUAACGAAGAAUUUUAUGUCAUAUAUUAAAUCAAUUCUUUGAACUAAGAAUUAAGUGUUAAGAUUAUCUAAUUUUCCUUAUUUGGGCAAAAUUAUUCCAUUAAAAAAUAAUGGUGUAUGGCUACAAAUGAAAAUAAUCCAGCACUCUGGUUAAAUGUGGUUUUCAAAGGAAAUAAAAUUAAAUAAGUCAAUAAAGUUCAGGC